AUGAAAAGCGAAGUCUCCCAGACAUGGCCAUAUCCAAUAGACAUUGUAGAGUACUUUGGAGAGCUUCCCAGGCACUCGAAGGCACAGCUAUAUGGUGCACCCAUAUUUGCAGUAUCCUUUCUUAAGAUCUUUGACGAGAAGACUACAAGGUUUAUAUUUGACCUGGUGCUGAAGUCACAUUCCAUAAGCUCCUUAAGAGAGAUAGAGGGGAUCAAGGAGAUCUUGAAGACUCUGCUACGGAUUGAGAUGAUUGAAAAAAAAGGAGACAACAUAUACUUGGAUGAGAGCCUGCGGAGAUCACUGAUGGAAGGGCUCUGCAUACUCACGAUGGAAAAGCACUACAAAAACACUGGAAAGGAAUUAGAAAUCGAUGAGGAGGAAAGCAAUAGAAAGUUUGAGGCUAUUCUGAAGUCCAUUGUCAAUAGAGAGUGCAGAAUACAGGCAUUUGGGAUUGGGGAGGUUCUUAUGUUUGGAGGUCUUCUUGGGAAAGACAGGAACAUAACGAACAGAGGGUUCGAGUUUCUUCUGAAGACAAAGAAAGAACAGCUGUGGUGCCUUGUGCUCUUAUCUUUGAAGUAUUUUCUUGGGUCUGUGGACGAGGAGAUCCAUGCGCUUGAGGCAUUAUUUGAAUUGAGCACAAAGGCCGUUGGGAUAGCAUACCAUCGAACUGACAGGAUGGAUGCGAGGCUGCUGAAGUAUCUUGAAGCGUUGGGGAUUCUAAAGCUUUAUAAGGAAAGCCUUGCCAUUGGAAAGUCCUUUGUGCAGCUAUUUGAGGCGUCUGAGCGCAAUAGAAGGGAGUUUAUAAUAGUUGAGACAAACAACAAGAUAUAUGCAUAUACAAACUCCGAGUAUGAGAAGUCUGUAAUACACCUGUUUUGUAGUGUAUCUGUCAACCUUCCAAAUCUUAUCAAGGGAAGCAUAACGGAGGAGAGUGUGAAUGUUGCAUUUGACAAGGGAAUAACUGGAAAGCAGAUAAUACAUUUCUUGGAAGCAAGUGUCAAGCCAGGAAGCCUUCCGCCUGCAAUCAGCAGCCAGAUAAUGAUAUGGGAGUCCAAAAGGAACAGAAUAUUCAUGGCACCUGGGUACAUCUACUCUAACUUCUUGAACCUGUCGGACUACCAAAGGGUGCUAGAGUUCUGUACCGAAAGGAGUUAUCUGAUAGAGUCUGAUGUUGACAAGAGGAUGAUAGUUGUGAAGGUAGAAGGGCAUGAGCUAGUCAAGGAAUUCAUAAAGACUAUUCUCUGA